UCGCGAUGAUUUGUUAGGUAGGAGCUGUUUUGAUGCGGAAGUUUGCAGAUGUUUGAAAAUUUUGUCGGAUUUUUAUCCAUUUGUAUGUAUAAAUAAAACGCGCAGGGCCUUUGUUGACUGUUUGAUCAGUGAACCAGUUUGGGCCGUCGUUAUGGCGGACCAUACUGAUGCGAGUUUGUUGCCGGAGGAGCGUGUUCGUGCUCUCACCAAGAAGGGAAGUACAGUUGAAGUUAAUGAAGAUGUUCCCCCACGUCGUUACUUCCGCUCUGGUGUGGAGAUGAUCCGCAUGGCACAUAUUUAUACAGAGGAGGGUAACAUCGAACACGCCUUUGUCCUCUAUAAUAAGUAUAUCACACUUUUUAUAGAGAAACUUCCCAAACAUCGUGACUACAAGACCACCAACAUUCCUGAGAAGAAGGACACACUUAAGAAACUGAAGGAUGUUGCAUUUCCUCAAGCAGAGAUAUUGAAAAAAGCUCUUUUGAAGAGAUAUGAACAAGAAUAUGCACGGUAUGCUGACAAAAAGAAAGAGCAGGAGGAAGUCUUGGCCCGGGAGCAGUCCCGACAACGAGCGCUGGAUGCCGAGCGGGAGCGUGUGGCUGAGAUGCAGCGGAGGCAGCGGGAGCAGGAGCAGUUCAGUGCUUUUGAGGAGAUGAUCCGCCGACAGGAGCUGGAGAAGGAACGUCAGCGUGUGCUCCUGGAGUUUGCCACACCAGUCAUGCCUGUCGCUGACACUCCCCUCCUUCCAGGCAUCCAAGGCCCCCCAGUGUCUCAAGCAGUCUCCCCAACUGCACCGCAGAACACAGGGGAUCUGUCCAACAGCACUAUCUUCCAACACAGUCGCACGAUUAUUGGCCCACCCAGUUUUGACCGGUCACUCAAGCCCGGGUCUCUGGUUAGCCCAGGCAACAACAAUACAAUGGUGGAUGCCCUUCGGCAGUUGGCUGUUCCUGCAGAACUGUGCCGGAGCUUUCUGAGGCUGGCAGAAACCAAUACAAGCCGUGCUGUGGAAACUUGUGGCAUCCUGUGUGGCAAACUGACCAGAAAUGCAUUUACAGUGACCCACGUCAUUGUACCAAAGCAGUGUGGGGGGCCUGACUACUGCGACACAGAAAAUGAGGAGGAACUCUUCCUCAUACAGGACCAGUAUGACCUCAUAACCCUGGGUUGGAUCCAUACUCACCCGACGCAAACAGCCUUCUUGUCCAGCGUUGACCUCCACACGCAUUGUUCUUACCAGAUGAUGCUGCCGGAGGCCAUCGCCAUCGUCUGCUCACCCAAGUUCAAUGAGAUCGGAUACUUCAAGCUGACGGAUCGAGGAACACAUGAGAUCUCGACGUGUAAACAGAAGGGCUUUCACCCUCACAGCAAAGAACCCCCUCUUUUUACACAUGCAGGUCAUGUCACCAUCACCGAUGGCACUGUGUCCAUGUUGGAUUUGCGGUGAUGAUGCUUUUCCACCAGAACACUCUGACUCUUUUAUUGUAAAGAAGACACACGUUUUAAGUUGUGAACAGUUGAAACUAAUAACCGGUUGCCAUUUAUAUGGACAUCAAAUGUUGUUGAAGGGAACAACAUUGUGAAGCAACCCCCCACCAUACGAGUAUAUUUGCACUUUCCAGGCAAACUACUAUCCAGCUAACUGGGAGAUCAGUGACUCUUCAGCCCCUCCUCUGUCAUCACUAUGGACAUUAAAAAAAACUGUUUAGCCUUUGUUUUUUUUUUGUCAUUAAUGUGAUGUUUGUCAGGGACAGGUGGCUGUCAACCUAAGGUUCUUGGUCAGUUUUAUCAGACUUUGGUUAUGACUGACAAAUAAGUGCCAAGGAUAAGAUUAGUCUUUGUCAGUUAUGCAACAUGAAGUUCAGCGUGAAUCCAGAAGUUUGUUAUAAAGUCUUUCUGUUCCAUUGAAUUGGCCUUUUCAUUCAUCACCUGUUGAAAUGCUACAUGUGAUGAGAGAAAAAAGCCAAUUAUAACUCAGGUAUGCAGGUAGUGUCCAUAUUCCUGCACUGUAUUGUAUUUUUAUACUCUGUAUAAAAGUCACUUAACAGUAUGCGUUUUGUCAAAGGAGGUUAGUUUGUAUUCCUGCUUAUAACACAUCCAUGUUCUGCAUGUUUUUGUUUUAAUUAUUAUUAUAAAUAACAGUGUGAUUUGGGAGAGGACAUUGGUGUGGGUCUGUGCUUCAGAAGAUGUGUUCAACAGGGAACCUGAAUGUACCUUCUGCUAUGAAUAAUAAACUACCUGGCUAAGGUUUAAGCACCUAACCAUUUUUGUUUCCUGUUCUCAUGAGAAGUGAAAGAUUAGAUACUACCCUAAGAGUACCUUCAAUAAAUCAAAUGCCAAGGUGAAAUGAAACUCA